AUGUCUUCUAGGGCAGCGUCUACUGAAGCUCCCAGCCCGAGCAAUAGGAGGCUCGAUCUUAACGACCUAUGUCGUCUCAAAUCAAAGCCCUCUCUGUUGGGGAUCGUCAGUAGAACUCACCACGAUGUAUAUCACACCCAUUUUACUUUAUAUCUUCGGUUGUUGUUGGCUGACAAAGGGAUUUCCCCUUCGCAGAUUGAUAGCCAUCAGCCUCUGGAUGAUGUCCUGAUAGUCUCGUACUCUUCAGUGCCUGAAAAAGACUUGUUCGAGUUUCUAGAGACUGGCGCCCCACCCAAAGGCUAUGUCUAUGUCAACUUUUCGGAACCCUCGCAAGGGAACUCUCUUCUGCACGAGGAUGAUCUUGAACUUAUUGAUCGAGCAUUAGGCACUGGCGAGAUUGUCAAACGAGAUCUGGAUGACACUCUUAGUGGUACAGUUAUUGGUGCUGCCGUGACCUGUACGCUUGAGCCCAUUGCAUAUCGAAAGGCAGACCCCAUGACAGGGGAAGAGGGACCACUGCAGUUUGCCGAAAAGGCCAUCAAACGUGGCAAUUCUCCAGGAUCCAUAGAUGAGGAAUCGACACCCCCUCUGCUCCAUAAUGUCCCUCUGUCAGAGCUUCAGAAUUACGAGGAGUUCACCGAGGGUGACUACAUAGUCUAUGAACAAAAGUUGGGGGUUGUGCGUGAGGUUGAGCGCGAUGCAGUCGUGCUUCUCCAAAACCAGAAAGCUGUGUCACCUCUGGAUCCCUUUGCUUUGGAAAUACCUAUCACUGUUGGUACCGACAACGUUGUAUCAUGGCCAAGCAACCAGGAUGCCAUGAGGUCAUAUCCUCUGCCCGACGGCGACUACCUUUGGACCGUGGAAUCCGAGUUUGUCUUUCCUGGACAAUUCACCCUAACAUCCUCGAAGAACUUGAGUCGAGGAGACUGGUCUCCAGAAACGGGCUCCAAGUCACAACCAGAAGGUCAUGUCCUAGCCACUCCUGCCAUGGAUAUUCACGUCGAAUGGCUCUGCCCCAAUGUCUAUGCUGCAGGGCCGCCAUAUGGUGGGAAUAAUAGUGAAGUUAUCCGAGCAACAAUGCUACAAGGGACAGCCAUGAAGUGCGACUUCGGCAAGCUACCCACCGAGGGGCUGAAUGAAAGGACAGUCAGAUCGGACACGUGGGUUGAGGUGGACCCCGGAGAUAGGGUUCGCUUUCUCAACCCAGCUGAUGCAACUAAGUACAACUACAAGCCCAUACCACCAGACCAGUCCUUUGGUUAUGACAUAAACCUUUUUCGCGUGGUAUCCACCCGAACUGAGGUGACUGUUCAGUGGCAGGAUUUGAGUGUCACAACCGAGGCCGCUACCUCUUUGCACAAGUUCAAUGGUGGUGGUGAUGAUGAGGUCUGGCCUGGAAAUAUUGUUGUCUUGAGCGAAAGUCUCGAGACUAUCCGAUCGUCUUGUUGCCGCCAUGAGUCGCAUCGCGCCCCAAAGGUUGGCGUAGUACAAGCUGUUGACAGCGGAGAAAGAGUAGCAUCCGUUCGCUGGUAUAAAGAUCCAGACAUCGAAUUGCUCCAUAAGGGGAACAUGCUGAAACCAGGUUCCAGAUUGGGUGAACUGGGUGAUACCGUUACUCAAGUCUCCGUCUAUGAACUAAGCUUGUAUCCCGCGUUAGGAAAAGCAUUGGAUGACCUAGUGCUCCUGGUUCCAGAAAAGGUCCAUCGGUCAGUUUUUCCACCAACACCACGCGAUCCGCCCGCGGUCACUGGGCCUUCCUUGUACAGCUUUCUCUUUCCCAUGAACUUCUUCGAGAUGUCCAUGUAUCUUGAAUCCAUGAAGUUGGCACUCUUCAAGUCGGAAGCAUUCAAAGAUGGAAUCACGAUCGAUUCUUCCCCUCUACCUUCUCGUUAUGUUGUACAUCACGAUGAGUACAACGGACGGUCUCCUUGUGACUUCCUUGGCAGGAUCGUCUCAGUGGACAUCGAGGGCAAUAUUACCGUUCGACAAGUCGGUCGCAACACUUGUCGUGAUAUUUGCGUCCCUUUGGAGAGAAUACUCAUGGUGAUUGAUGAGGAUUACGAUGUGCCUCCCUUGCCCCUUCCACCGCUUGACAUGCUUGGCUUGCCCGGCUUGCCCCCUUGGACAUCAAAUCCCUUCGUGCUCAAUCGAACAUAUGAAUAUGAAGGUGGUGAGCGACUUGAUGACGACAGCAACGAUGAAGAAUGGUUGACAGAAGAUGCUUCCGGGGCGGAUGACGAUUUCGAUGAUGAUGAUGGCUUUGAUGACGACUCGCGCCAUGUGAUUAGCGUGGAGGAAUCUGCGGCCCCGAAAGUAGCUGAGAUCACUAUCACUGGUGAAAUUGUUGAGGACCAGGAAGGAAAAAUCGAUGCAUCCAAAGCCAAUGAUAAUUCUGGUGCAUCUAUUGCACAGCCAUGUCCUUCACCAUCUACGUGCCCUCCAGGCUUUUCCGUUCUGGAGAGUGAUCCUCCCUCUGAUCACCACUUCAUAUCAAAAUUCUCACCUGGAAAACCGGGGUUGCGGAUUAGUCGUAUCCGGAAGGAAUAUGAAAUUCUCGAGACGUCGCUGCCUCCUGGUAUCUAUGUUCGGAGCUGGGAAUCUAGGAUAGAUCUCCUACGAGUUCUGAUCAUUGGUCCACAGGGCACGCCAUACGAGUAUGCUCCGUUUGUGAUUGAUUUCCAAUUCCCUGAGGAUUAUCCCAACAAGCCUCCGGCUUCCUUCUUCCACUCAUGGACCAACGGGCUGGGUAGGGUCAAUCCCAACUUGUAUGAAGACGGUCGAAUCUGUCUUAGCAUAUUAGGUACUUGGCCAACAAAGAACCCGGAGGAAAGCUGGUCGCCCAUUAAGUCCACGGCCUUGCAGAUACUGGUCUCCAUCAUGGGCCUUGUGCUGGUCAAGAAUCCAUUCUACAAUGAGGCCGGCUAUGACGUCCUCGCUGUGGACGACGACCGUCGUGUCGAGUCCUCACAGUACACGGAAAAGGCAUUCUUGAUGACACGGAACUUUAUUAAGCAUGCGCUUCAACAUCCAGUCGCUGGCUUAGAAGACGUCGUGACUUGGAACUAUUUGAGAUUUGAGCGGGAAGACGAUGCCUCUAGUCGCCCGCAUUUCUUACGCCGGGCUAUUGACUCGGCCGUUAGAAUGAUUGAGCAUCACAAUAACACCUCGGCUACCGAUAAGCUUGACGAGGAGCACGCAGCAGCUCCAUUUGUUUCUCGUCUUAGUCUUGGAGCCGUGGUAAUGCUGCGGAAGCACGUCACUGAUCUUGAGAAUAUCGAAUCGGCAAUCACUGCCAACGCCGCCUCAACCGGCCGAGCGGGCUGCCAGAACAAAGAAUGCAAAGAUGAAAAGGUCAAAAUCGGCAAAGGCGAGCUCCGUCUCGGCACCUGGGUCGACACCGAAAGAUUCCAGAGCUUCUUCUGGAGACACUGGGGAUGCGUCACGCCUAAGAUCAUCACCCACCUCAACGAAGCCGUUGAGGAAGCGAGCGGUGACUCGAAGGAUCUCGACGCCAUUGACGGCUUUGAGGAACUUCCUUCGGGGUAUCAGGAGAAGGUCCGUAAGGCUCUGGAGCAGGGACAUGUUGACGAUGAGGAUUGGAAGGGGGAUCCUGAAAUGAAUCGGCCGGGCAUGACGGGCUUUCGCAAGCGUGCCCCAAAGAAGAAGAAGGCUGACGAGGAAGAGGCGGAGACCGCAUCCGAAAAAGAGGAAAAGACUCCCAAAUCGAAGAAACGGGGCCGUGCCCAGACUGACAAAGACAAAGCCGAGGAGAAGGCUACCGCGCCCAAGACUAAAAAAGCCAAGAAGGGCAGCCGCGCCAAACAAGAGAGCGACUCCGAGGACGACCAGCAACAGGAAUCCGACGAGGAGGAGGUCCAGCCCAAGCCAACCGUUACCAGAAGAGGCCGGGUUUCCAAAGCUGCCGCUGAGGAGAAGGCACCCAAGGCGUCUGAGAAACUGGCUGCGAAGCGUCAGCGCAAGUCCGUAGGUAAGGACGGUGAUGCGGAGGCCGAGCCAGCUGAGGAGAAACCCAAGCGUGGUCGCAGAAAGAAGUCGACUUAG